CUAAGUUGUAAUCAGUCGAAUUUUGUUCUCGGACCAUUAACCAUUUCACAUUCCGCCCUCAACAUUCAACAUGGAAGGCCAUCGCGUGGCAGUCGUCGCAUUUGCUGUUAUUCUCGCCGGAUUGUGCGUGCUGUCCGGACUUAACGCGGCGCCCGUGGAAUGCAAUAAUAGCAGUGGCACUCAGGUCUCCGAAAACGGUUUCCAGUCGCAGACGCAAACCGGACCCGGCUGCCAGUCACAGACCUCCGAGGACGGAUCCCAGAGUCAAAGCCAGAGCCAGUCGGGCAAUGGUCACCAGUCGCAGUCGCAGUGCAGCGGCUCGUCUUGCGGUCAGUUCAGCCCCCUUCCGCCCCUCUUCACCAUGGCGCCCAUGGAGCCCAUGGAGCCCAUGGAGCCCAUGAAACCCCUCACCUGGCAGCCUUGGGGCACUUUCGGCUAAGUUCUUAAAGCUAUCAAUAAAGCUGUCGUUGUGUGCAGAUUGCUAAUACAAAACAAAGACAAAGUGUUUUUAAUAUUUUUUAGAAAGAAUGUACAAAAAAAAAAAUACUCUUUGUUUGUAUCUUUCUAUAUUAGCAUAUUAAAGUUCAAAAAUAAAUAUUUUGUAAAACAGCCAAAACCGCAAAUACAAAAAAUAAAUUAAAGGAAUAUAAAAUUUAAUCAAUUUGAGCUGAGUUCCUAAAUAGUUAUACUAAAUAAAAUCAACGUACAUUUUCUUUUACAAACUUAAA